AUGGGUUGCAACUCGAGUAAACACCAGUCAGCGGCAGCAGCAGAAUCAUCCAAGAAAGCAGCUAGUAAGAAAAAGAGCAAAGGAAGCAAGCCAACCAAACCACCAAGCCUCAAGGGCAAGAAUCCGGAUCGCUUGUUCAAGCUCUUUUUUCAGGCACUGGAUUGCAAAACCUCGGAAGAGUUGCUGCCCUUUUAUGAAAAAGCCAUGGAACUCUUGGAUACGAAUGACUUGAAUCUAGCCAGGUACCGACACGGCUCGACCAAACAAUCGCCCUUGCACUUGUUGGCCAAACUCAUGGAUGUGGAUUGCUCUCGCAAACUUUUGGCCAUUUUGGAAAAGUUGAUCAAAAUGAAUCCACAAGCACUGACUGUGGCGGACAGUACGGGAAACAUUCCUCUCCAUUAUGCUGUGGCACCCAGGGUCUAUUUGCUGGAAAAUGAUGUUGACGCGGACGGCAACAAUUCAAACAAAAAGAAGAUGAUAACCAAACGAGUACCCUUUAGUUGGCAGGCCCGAGGAAUCUUGCUUUCCAGAUUUAUUCAGGCAGAUCCCGUAUCCUCGGAGUAUUAUUUGAAACGAAACAGUGUUGUCUAUGACGCUGCGGAUGCUGUCGGAGGAUGUUCACCGCUGUAUAGAGUCUUGCAGACAUUGGGAGAUGAUUUCAACUCGGCGUCUCCAACGGUCGCUUAUGUGGAUGUGAUUCAUCGUGGCGCCAAUGCCAUUGAGCUGCCUGGGAUUGGAAAUUCGUGCGAUGGAGACAAACCACUGAGCUUGCUCUACCGAAAAUUCACUCGGCAGUUUGAUAUUUCCGAAAAGUUCUUUGCGGGGGACAAUAGUCGACCUGAAGUGGUGGAACAUCGGCAGAAAUACAAGACGGCGGCUGGCAAUACAUGGAAAUUGAUUGAAGUUCUAUUGCGACCAGUCGAUCCAGUGGAGCAAGAAAAACCCUGGGGUAUCGUCCACAGGGCGGUCCAAGUUGAAACCCCACCCGAUCUGUUGCGAUACAUUGUCGAAACCAAUGCACAAGAUUUGACAAGGGUGGAUGGCGAUGGCAAUCUACCUCUCCAUUACGCGGCUGCCAGCAAACCGGCCAAACACGUCAAUCCCAAAGCACACUUUCCAGUCUUUUACAACAAGUACGUGGUGGACGAACUCUUGUACAAGUUUCCAGAGGGAGCCACCUCACGUGACGCCAGUGGAAGAUAUCCACUCACGCUGGCGGUGCAAUCCAACAAGCAAUGGAUUGGAGGUGGUAUCAAAUCGUUAUUUGACGCAUUUCCGGAUGCUAUGCAACAGAUUGAUUUGGAAAAUCAUGAAUCAUUACGGCGGGCUCUCUCCAUGACGGAAGGAAACCAGGCUAGUGAUGACGAAGACGACGAUGAUGAUGAAAGCAAGGAAGAAAAGAUAGACACGGGAAGUAAGGCGAUUGAUGGUGUCAUCAAGGAUCAUCACCAUGAUGCCAUUAUGCUUGUCCAACAACCUGAUGUUGAUGUUUCGGAAGUAGUCACGAGCAUGUGGGCACACGAAGAGGAUGCGGGUGUUCAAAUGCUUGGUUGUUUGGCCAUUCACAAGAUGCUGGUCAAGUUGAAGAACCAACCACAAGAAAUUCUUCGGAUAGCCCUGUCGGCUGUUGCGGCAGUUGUCAAUGCUAUGAAGGCACAUCCCAAUGAAAUGAUAGUCCAAGAGACGGCCUGCAAGGCUCUUCGAUGCCUUGCUCCGGCGGACGGACAACGUGAAGUCAGUAUGGUAGCCAGUGGUGCGGUCGCUGCCAUUGUGGGUGCCAUGCAAGCCCACGUUGGUGACUCCAGUGUCCAACAAGAGGCAUGUAUCUCACUGUCCACGAUUGUCCAACAAGGAGGGGCAGACCGUGCCACAAUUGUCGCAUCGGUCAGUGGUUUAACGGCCAUUCUCAAUGCCCUUUCCGCACAUCCCAAAGACUUUGCAGUCCAAACAGCUGGAUUGCAAUCACUGAUAUCCUUGACGGAUCAUGCCAAGGAAGCAAACCUGCCCGAUCUACCCAGAACACAAACGGAACCAAUACUAGUCAAUGCACAAUUGAACUUUCCGAAAGAAUGUCGAGAAGCCAUUGAAAUUUUGUCACGACGAAUGUCUGCUUGA